CGUGACGUUUUGUGCAAGGACCGCUCCUUUCUCUAUUAUCAGACAAAGAGUCAGCAUUAAGACGUGAAGCAGAGAGUUAGCUAUUAACCGAGUCACGAAAAGUGAAGCUAUGCAAGUUAGCAAAACUUCCCGGCUGAAGUGCCACAUCGUCAGAAAGCUGACAGCAGGGCCAUGGGGCUGAUUUUGGAGACUGUCACUGAGAGGCAUAGACCUCCACAUGCAAACCUGUGCACGUCCAGAGAAGGCGACUGGAAGAAAUUGACUGUAUUCGGUUGAGCUUUUGAAAUCAGCCAUGGCUCGGGAGGAAGAGGAAGAGGAGCUGACAGUCGAUGAGCCCAAGGAGGUGGACGUGUUUACAUCCGUGCGUUGCCUGGGUUACCUGUCCAGCAUCAACCUCCUUGUGGCCAUAUGCGUGGGCAUGUACGUACGCUGGGAGGUGACAAGUGAGCCGAUGAUUCUGGUCAUCUUCAUCCUGGGCCUCUUUGUCCUGGGGAUUGCCAGCAUCCUCUAUUACUACUUUGCUAUGGAGAAAGCUAGUCUCAGCUUGUUCCAUUUGUGGUGUGGCUUCUUGCUUGGCCUUCUCUGCUUCCUCAACAGCUCCAGCUUGAAUUCAAAUGUCAAGGAACUGGUCGCCAACUAUCUCCUGUUAGCCAGUGUUAUCAUGAAAACAAUGUGGGCUUUAACUGAGCGAAUAUGCAGCUCCGUUCGAUACAAACCCACCUUGCUCACCUCAACUGAGCUACUGGAGCUCCUGGGAUUUGGCAUUGCCAGCACUGCCAUGCUUCUUCACAAGUCAGUGGCCAUUAUAGGUUUGGUGGUGGCCCUGGGGGCUCUCAUUGUGGACCUGAGGAUGAAAUCCCUCGUGGCUUUGCCUAACCUGGUCGGUUUUGCCUUGGUCACUUCUCUUGUAUUUUUCCAGGCGUUAGGCCUCGCAGCCAACCCUUAUGCUUUAGGCUGCUACCUGGGCAGGCUGCUUUGUGAGCCUGUUUUGGAUGUGUACUUUAGUGGGCUGGGGCCCAGUGAGCGCUGGAUUCCAGUGCUCUCCCUGGGGAGGGUGUGGAGGAGGUUGUCCCUGCUGCCGCUGAGUCUGACUGAGCUGGCCUUCUUCGUCCUGGCUGCCCUAAAGCUUGGCCACUUGGAGCUCUGGUAUCUGGUGAUUCCAGGCUUUUGUCUGUUUGGCCUUUUCUGGUCUAUCUGCCACAUAAUUCUGCUGAUGACAUUAUGGGGCUUCCACACCAAAUUGAAUGAGUGUCAGAAGGCUUGGCGGGCUCAGCGAUCCAGAAGCCGGAGUCUCAACCAAGUCAUGGCCUCCAGGGGCAUCCGACACUUCUGCCUCAUUUCAGAACGGCUGGUGUUCUUUAGUAUGCUGUCAACGGUCAUACUGGGAGCUGUGUCCUGGCAGCCUUCCAACGGCCUCUUUCUCAGUGCUCUGCUGGUGGUGCUGCCUUUGGAGUCUCUGACCCACGGCUUGUUCCACGAGCUGGGCAGCUGCCUGGGGGGAACCUGUGUUGGCUACGCCCUGGUCAUACCUACUGCCUACUGCAGCGCUGAUGGCCAGCCCACUCUCCUACCGCCUGAGCAGGUACAACAGCUGAACAUGCGCUCAACGGGUAUGCUGAACAACGUGCAGCGCCUCUUCUCCCACCACAUGAUCCAGACGUUUGGUUGCGACUACUCCACCAGCGGUGUUACGCUGGAGGCCGUGCUGACAAAGCUACGCAGCUUUCUGGAGCUUCGUACAGAAGACGGGCCCCGUCAUGACACCUAUCUGAUUUUCUACAGUGGGCAUACACACAAGGGCACUGGUGCUUGGGCUCUGGCUGGAGGCGAGAGCUUCCAUCUGGCCCAGUUGCUGGAGUUGUGGAAGGAGAAGAACGCGGGCCACUUCUCCCGUCUCAUCCUCGUCUUGGAUACUGAAAACUCCCUCCCCUGGGUGAAGGACAUCCGCAGGAUGGACAACAUCUACGUAGCCGUGCAGGGGGCUGAGCUGUCCGUCACCAGGGUGGACCCAGAGCCUGGAGACAUCCCCCUCCUCGGGGACUUCACUUCCGAAUGGGUGGAGUUCAACUGCAACCCAGACAGCGACACCCAGUGGUCCGAAAAGGGAAGGACUGUGACGGCCGCAUACGGCGUUUCCAAGCGCUGGAGCGACUACGCGCUUCACCUGCCCACCGGAAGUGAUGUGGCCAAGCAUUGGAAGACCCACUUUCCCAAGGCUACAUAUCCCAUGGUGCACCUUUCCAAUUGGUGCUGUGGCCUCAACCUGUUCUGGUUGUGUAGCGUUUGCCUGCGCUGCUUCAGGAGGUGUAAGCUAGCUUGGUUCCCACCAGCUGUACUGGACACUGGGCAGGGCAUCAAACUGGUGCACUCUUAGAUAACGAGAGAUAUUGACAUGUGCAUUUUGACGCUGGUAGUUUUGUUUUUUAACAGCUGGGUAUGAGGUGUUUCUGGAAUGGAGAAAUUCUACUGGUAUACCUAUAAUACUCCUACACAAAUAUGCAGACAUGAGGACAAUGUGGCCUUCUGUUAGAGAGGUUGUUCAACACCUUCCAAAUUAAUGAAUGCAUUAUGUUUAAUUGCUAUAAUGCAGAGAUGUUAUGCUGGUAAUUAAAUAUCAAACACAAGAACAAUAUUAUAUUGUGUAACCCAAAAUGAGGGAGUGGAAAAACGACAGAAAGCGUGCUCUUUAUGGUGGGAGAUAUAUCACAAUUACGGUGAAUAGGAUUAUAUUAAGUACGCAACGAUGGUUUCUUAAUAUAUAAUGUGGUAAACGACCAAAUGUUAUGUAUUUGUAUAACUUUUUUAUAUUUUUCGGGCUGUGUGAUAUAUUAUGGUUUUGAAUGCUAUUUUGCCAUUAUUGCACAAUUAGUUUUUUUGGAAUGGUUUACCGGUUCUCUUUUUUUGGAAUGACGUGGGAUGAUUUUCAAUAUCAGAAUGUCUUAAAGUGCCUUGAAAAUGGAUUUAUUCCUGAAUUGAACCAAGAGCGAUGCAUCGGCUUGAGGCUGUAUAUAAUCACAUUGGCCCUGAAUUGUGCCUCCUCCUGUUUAUUUACACAAAUGAAUUCAAGUCGAAGAAGUCAUUUGCUCCGUACAAACACGGAGCAUUCAAGUCUUCUAGCUGUUGUCCUUGCAACGCUUUUGAAAAAGUGACUUGUCAUGGCAAACAACAAUUCAAGGAAGCUCCAAAUGCUUUUUAUUGGUGCACUGACCUUAAGGAACCCGUAUUGACUAUCCUUUAUUUCCUACUCUAUGUGCCGUGUUGGAUCUCUCUCCUACACAACCUUAAUCUCUGGAGUGGAUUGCUGCCUUAAUGUGUAUGUUUCACUGUGAUGUCUCCAAGAGGUCAAGUGGCAUUUUUCCACAUGUUAAUUCCCCUUGUGCCUCACUUAAGUUAUGCCUGACAAUGUCAAAAUUUUACUCGGAUAAUAAACUGAUUAAACAUGGCUGCCUGAUUUAGAUGUGUUUAGAAAUGAAGGAAGGGAAUGAAAUACAUUUGAGUUAAUUACAUGGAAAUGAAAGAAGAGAGAAACAAUAAAUGAGAAAGUAAGACAUGAUGGUACACAAUCAGCUCAUUUAACAUGGCUGGCUUUACAGACACUGAACAAAUAUAGACUCUACUCUGUGGAAACGCUAGCAUUGCCUGGCAAAUAUUAGGAU